GGGCCCAAAUUGCAGCCUCCUGCAUCCCCCUCCUUAUAAUCAGCCAACACUAAAACCCUAGAACAUCCCCAAACCCUACUCUCUCUCUCUCUCUCUCUCUCCAUCCAACGUAGCAGAGUAGCGGGGUGUUUUUGGUGGGCUUUAAAACGAUGCUUCUGUUGUUCGAAACCCCGGCGGGCUUUGCCAUUUUCAAGGUUUUGGACGAAGGGAAACUCUCCAAAGUUGAGGACUUGGCGAAGGAGUUUUCUUCGGCUGAUUCUGCUAGACAGGUUGUGAAGCUAAAAGCUUUCUCCAAGUUUGAGAACACAUCUGAAGCCUUGUCGGCAGCCACCUUGUUGAUUGAUAGCAAGCCUAGCAAAGGUCUGCGCAAGUUUUUACGUGCUCAUUGUGAUGGUGAAACAUUAGCUGUUGCUGAUUCUAAACUUGGAAAUGCCAUUAAGGAGAAGCUGCAAAUUGAAUGUGUUCACAACAAUACUGUCAUGGAACUGAUGAGAGGGGUAAGAAGCCAACUGACGGAACUCAUAGCUGGCCUCGCUUCUCAGGAUUUGGCUCCAAUGAGCUUGGGUUUAUCUCACAGCCUAUCUCGAUAUAAGUUAAAAUUUAGUCCUGAUAAGGUGGAUACAAUGAUCAUUCAAGCCAUCGGCUUGUUAGAUGAUCUUGAUAAAGAACUUAACACCUAUGCAAUGAGGGUUCGAGAAUGGUAUGGUUGGCAUUUCCCAGAGCUUGCAAAGAUCGUACAAGAUAACAUAGUUUAUGCCAAGGCAGUAAAGUUGAUGGGAUACCGUUCAAAUGCUGCAAAGCUUGAUUUCUCCGAGAUAUUGACGGAAGAGGUUGAAAUAGAACUGAAAGAGGCUGCCGUGAUUUCCAUGGGAACUGAAGUCAGUGACCUUGAUUUGAUGAAUAUCAAAGACUUGUGCGACCAAGUUCUGUCUCUUGCAGAGUAUAGAGCUCAACUGUAUGACUAUUUGAAGAACAGGAUGAACACCAUUGCUCCAAAUCUCACGGCUCUUGUUGGAGAACUUGUCGGGGCCCGCCUCAUUGCCCAUGGGGGCAGCUUGUUAAAUCUUGCAAAGCAGCCUGGAAGUACAGUUCAGAUUCUAGGGGCAGAAAAGGCCCUUUUCAGAGCCUUGAAGACAAAACACGCAACUCCUAAAUACGGGCUUAUAUACCAUGCAUCUUUAAUUGGUCAGGCGGCACCAAAGCAUAAGGGGAAAAUUUCACGAUCACUUGCUGCCAAAUCCGCAUUGGCUAUUCGAUAUGAUGCCCUAGGAGAUGGCCAAGAUAAUUCUAUGGGAUUGGAGAAUCGAGUGAAGCUUGAAGCACGAUUAAGAAACCUGGAAGGCAGAGAUCUGAGUCGUUCUGCGGGGUCAGCUAAAGGCAAACCUAAGAUAGAAUUCUAUGACAAGGACCGCAAGAAGGGGGCAGGUGCUAUGAUAACCACCGCCAAGGUCUAUAAUCCUUCAGCUGAUUCUACACUUGGGAGGGCAGAAUCAGCUGCUGAGAAAGAGGAAGAAAUGGAGGAAGCAGGCAAGGCGGCUUCUGUGAAUGGAGAGAAGAAAGAAAAGAAGAAAAAGAAGAAGACGACCGCUGCUGCUUCCAAGGAGGAGGAGGUUGUUGCAGAGCCAGAAAGCGAGGAGGUAGGGACAAAGGAGAAGAAGAAAAAGAAGAAACAUGCAGCCAAAGACGAUGGCGAAAACGCUGCAGAAGAAAAGAAGAAAAAGAAGAGGAAACACGCCGAGGCCGAGGAAGAAGAAACAGAAACUCCGAGCAAGAAGGAGAAGAAGAAGAAGAAAAAGAAAAGUGAAGAUUGAUAAGUUGAGGUUGCAUGUUUUAUGUACGAAUGGCAAACGUAGGAAUUUUGAACAUUUAUGCAGCGGGUAAGUGUUUUGUUUUGUAAAAUCAGCGGCUUCUGUUUUUCUCUCCUUGUUUCCCUGGAUAUUUAAGAUACUACUAAUGUAUUUUUCAAUUUGUUGGAGAUGUUGUGCCAGAGGGUGGGCACUUCAAUUAGAAUUAUGUUUUCUUU